UUAGCUGGCAACACUGGUGCUUGCCUGCUCUUUGCUUUGCUCUUGGUUAUUUUUUUCAUUAUCUUUGGCUGUGUUGUGUUGAUCAGUUGUCCAACAAUAUUUGUGUCGUUUUUCCGUGUUACUUACUAUAAAUAGAAGAAUAUUAUAAGAAAUUUAAAGCAAUUACGAGAAGUUAAAAGUAAUAUAAAUCCAAACCUCCAAAAUGGAUAGAGAAGAUGGUGAAAUGAGUGAUGAUAACGCAAUGGUGGUUGAUGAUGUAAAAGAACCAAUUUCAUACACUGAUGAUUGUACACUGGUGUACAAAGCUGACAAGGCAGGAUUAAUCGUAGAAAAAUUGGAAAAAGUGGAUGCCUCUAAGAUAGAGGAACGAGCAAAAAGAUUUGGUUUAAAUCUUACAGGAAAUAGAGUAAUUACACAGAGGCAGAUCGAUGAACUUUAUUCCAAUUUUGGUAUAGAAAGUGGAAAUGAGAGACAUUUUCGUUUUGAUGCAAUCAAUUUGCAUGGAGUUGAUGGACUCUCUACAAAGGAAAUAUUUCAAUAUUUAGAAGACUACAAACCUGUAUCUCUGGAAUGGAUUGAUGAAGUAUCAUGUAAUAUUGUUUGCCAAGAUCAUAUAUCAGCAGCCUUGGCAUUAUUAGUGCAUUCUCGUGAAAUUAAAGAUCCAAAUUUGAAGGAAAUGCUUGCUGCUAAUCCAAAUCAUCAUUGGCGUGAAGGUAUGCCACAUCCUAAAAAAGAUCUUAUUUUAAUGAGAUUUGCUACUAAUGGAGACAAGAAAAUGAACAAGAAGAAAGCUCAUAGUAAAACUACAGAUGAAUAUGGUGAUCAAAAUAUGGAUGCAGUAAGUAAGAACCCUUGGGGUGACUUGUGUAAAUCUUGGGGAGUUUAUGAUCAUCAAGAAGUAUUUCAAAGAAAGCCUAGGUACAAUAAUGAUGAAGAUGAUGAUGUAGAAGAGCCAGAUAAAAUUGUAAAAAUCAAGAAUAAAAGUUUAGCUAGCCGCCUUGGUAAAAGGCCAGCUACUAGGGACAACUAUAGCAAUGAAGAAGCUGAGGCAAGUGAUUCAGAUUCUGAAUGGAAAACUAAAUCAAAGGCACCUCGAAUGAGAAUGCAUGCAGAUGAUGAAGAGUCUAAGCGAAAGAGAAAGCAGGCAUCCCAAUUAUCCAAAGAUUCAGAUGGAUAUUCUGCAUUGUCAAUUGAAGUAGAAAACUCCCACAGCAAUUACAAGCCAAGAGAUCAUACAAUCAUAUCUGACAAGUUUAGAAGGAACACUGUUUAUAGAAAAAAACAUGGUAUUCAGUCAAGGUUAGGUGAUAAAGUAAUAACUGUGGAAGAUAAUGAAAGUUUUUCAAGUGAUGAAGUGUCAGAUAACUCGGAUAGUUAUGUCAUGAGUAGAGUGCAUAAAGUUAAUUCUAGUAAUAAUAGUGUAUGGUCUAGGUUAGAUAGAAAACCUACUGGAACUAGAAAUACAAGUGAUCAUAAUGAUUUACGACAAAUUUUGAAAUCAAAGAAACAUGGGAAGUCUGAUGACCUAAGAGACAAAUUAGGUAAAUCUAAACAAAGUAACUUACGCAUUGAAAUUGACAAUAAUUAUGCACAUGAUGAUGAUGAUGAUUUAUAGUGUUUAUUGUAGGAUUAUUUUAUAUUAGAAAUAGUGUACUCCAUUUAUUUUGUUUUUAAGAUGUUAGCUCCAAUGUACUGCAAAGCAAAUGAAUUUGUACAUAACAUGGUACAUAUACAUAGAUGUAUCUACAGUGUUGUUUAUAAUACCAAUGGGUAUUAACAUGGAUUCUCUUUAGUUUGUAGAUAUAUAAAUAUUUAGAUGAUGAAUGCAUUCUUGUCAUUGGUCAGUGCAAUUUAUAGAAAUAUCACACUAAGCACUAAAUGUGAGGACAUUUACUUUCUUAUGUAUAUGUGGUAAAUGUUAUAUGAAAGUUUACAUACACACUUAUUGAAUGAAUAUUUUCAUUUUAAAGUAUGAAGUUUUACCACCUGCCCAAUCCUGUUUUUCAUUAUAUAAAUGAAAUAUUAUAGACUAACAUAAAAUAAAUAAAUGAUUUGGUUUAAAUUAAGUGAAUAUUAAAUGUAGUUUAGAUAAUAAAAUCUUUAAAUUAAUUAUAGUUGAAUGAUUUUUACCGACUUUUUACUGUACUUAUGUUAUAAUAGGGCUGCAUAAUCAAUCGAAUCAUAAUUAUUAUUCAGUUAUGGUGUUCAUAUUAUUGUUGCAUUGGAUUUAUUUUGUUUACUACACAUACAUGAUGUAGUGAUAUCAGAUGCAGCAUUCCAAGUGUCAGUGGUCAUGUCACUAUCAUAAUGUCAGAAGGGCAUCACAAUGUAAUAUAAUAAAAUUAUAUUUUAGUAUUUUUUAACUGAUUGAAUCAGAUCUAUUAAAUCAGAGGUUCCCAACCGUUUCUAGAUCAACCACUAUUACUUUUUUUCAUGUGGUCCCACAUAACAUUUCCUCAUGAAAAUAGUGAGUCUGAUAAUUGAAACCAGUUGAUCCUCUUAGUUGUCACAUAAAAUUUAUUUGAGUUUUAACUGUGAUAAUUUAAUAUUAUUGUCUUGUGUAUCUUUCUUAUUUCACGGACCAUAAAGCCUUCUGUGGAUCACUGGAGAUCCACCGACCACUGUUUGGGAACCACUGAAUUAAAUGGACUAUAUUUUAUAGUAGCAGUGUAAUGUGGGGUUAUGGAAUGCUGCACCUUGAUACUUAGAUCGUGUACUCACUUUACUCAGUUGUGACAAUAAGAAACUGCAAUAAAAGAUUUUGAGGAAAUAAGUUGGUUUGUGUUACUUUUAACCAUAUUUAAACUCUGAAGUCUAAGUCAAAGUUAACCAGGAGUAAGGAGUAGGGCCUUUUAAUAAAAUUCGUUUCAACUGGGACUCAAUUUUUAUUGUUAUUUGUUGUGCAUUAGAAUAAAAUCAAUGUUUUUGUGCUAUUUCGCCAAACAAAAAUCGUGUUGUUAGUUAGCUGAAUAAAAAAGUGUACUGUCCGUAAUAUCUCUAUUACAAUGAAUUAGUCAUACUACAAACUAAAAACGAAAUUAAAAAAUAAAAUGUAUCAAAAUAAACGAUCAAGAAAUGUGGGCGCAAAAGACUAGCUAUUAGUAAAUCUACUAUAAAAAUAUGUUUAAUAAUUCAAUAAAAAGUAAAAAUAAGAAUUUUUUGAUGCAUUCGCAACAAAUAUAUAAUAAUAAUAUGUAUUUCGAUAAUUCGGAAGACGAGUAUUAGAAUUGACUAUAAUAUAACAAUAGUACUCAUGGACUUAUGGGUGGAAUAAUAAUAAUGAUUGUGUUACAGUGUUACAAUUGUAUAUGUAUGUAUGUACUAUGUAUAAAAUGUGUGAAUAAUUCCUGUUUUCGUGUAAAGCCUCUAGUGAUAUUGAUGAUGUACAAACUUAUAAUGACACUUAAUAAACGCAAUAUAAAGCCAGUAAAUGUGAUAGUACUUACAAAAUUGUACUAAAGCCUGAUAAUGUACUAAUGAACGUCACAUAUUUUAUACUCUGAAAAUAUUGUAACUAAAUGAAUUGUAUCCAAAUUUGUUGUCUACAUUUACACAUUAAUAGAUAAUAAAUAUAUUUUUCUAUUA